AUGUCGAAGGAAGGAGGUGCAGUGCACGUCUUGGAUGGCGAAAGGCGCGCGUCGGUCUUUGAUGACCCGGCCGUCCGCAAGAAAAGCGUUGUUGCGAUGACUGACAAUGUGGAAGGAGAAAUCAAAAAUCCCCUUACCGAUAUACCGAAGGAUAAGCUUUUAGAAGAUGUCGAGAACUUCGCGGCUCAGAACGAUCUGAUGGAUAUUCUUCCACAUAUCAAGAAGGGUGCACUGGUCGCCAAGAGCCCUCGUGACUUCGAGAGCCUUGAGGAAUUGGACGAGGCAGACAAAGAAACCUUGCGAAACGAAGUUCUCCACCGAUGGAGGCUGCCUUGGGCACUCUACUACACUAUCAUUCUUAACUCCAUUGCCGCAGCUAUUCAAGGAUGGGACCAGACAGGAUCCAACGGUGCAAAUGUUUCUUUCCCAAUAGACUUUGGGAUCCAAGAUAGUGGUCCCUGGUGCGAAAUUAAUGCAGCCAAUGCAGCAGUGUGCGACAGAAAUUCAUGGAUUGUCGGAUUUGUAAAUUCUGUCCCGUACAUCUCCAUUGCCAUCUUCGCUGGUUGGUUAAGUGACCCGAUCAACGAACUUCUGGGUCGUCGAGGGACCAUCUUCAUAGCAGCCAUCUUCAGUUUGCUAGCUCCCAUUGGAUCUGCUGUGACACAAAAGUGGGGACAGCUUGCUGCCUGUCGCAUUUUGUUAGGAAUUGGUAUGGGCUUGAAGGAGGUCACCGUUCCUGUUUUUUCAGCGGAAAAUACCCCAGCCAAUGUACGAGGCGGUUUGGUUAUGUCUUGGCAAGUCUGGACAGCUUUCGGUAUUCUGCUGGGUACCAGCGCCAAUCUUGCUGUCGUCCACGCUGGUGCCAUCACAUGGCGCUUGCAGCUGGGAUCCGCCUUUAUCCCAGCCGUUCCGCUGGUUAUCGGCAUUUAUUUCUGCCCAGAAUCACCGCGCUGGCUUUUGAAGAAGAAAAACUACAAGAAGGCUUAUAGUUCAUUGCUCCGGCUUCGCAACACACCGCUCCAGGCCGCGAGAGAUCUAUACUAUAUCCAUGCCCAGCUAAUUCAGGAGCAAGUCCUAUUGGAGGAAACUGGUCUUGCGAAAACUAACAAUUUCAUUACCCGGUUCAUUGAACUGUUCACCAUUCCGCGUGUUCGGCGUGCGACACAAGCUUCUGGAAUCGUAAUGAUUGCACAGCAAAUGUGCGGAAUAAAUAUUAUUUCCUUCUACUCGACUACAAUAUUUAUCCAAGCUGGCGCUAGCAACAUCAAGGCCCUCCUUGCAUCGUUCGGAUUUGGCAUCGUUAACUUUGUUUUUGCCUGGCCGGCUGUCUGGACCAUCGACACUUUUGGACGUCGUGGCUUGCUGAUUUUCACCUUCCCACAGAUGUUCUGGACUCUCCUGGCAGCCGGAAUGUGUUUCUACAUUCCAAAGGAAAGCGACGCCCAUAUCGGCCUCAUCGCCUUCUUCGUCUACCUAUUCUGUGCUUUCUAUUCUCCAGGUGAAGGCCCAGUGCCCUUCACCUACUCGGCAGAAGUCUUCCCUCUCUCUCAUCGUGAGAUGGGAAUGAGCUGGGCUGUCGCCACUAAUAACUUCUGGGCCGCUGUUCUGGCUCUCACAUUUCGCCGUCUGCUGCGCGCGCUUCAGCCCCAGGGAGCUUUCGGUUUCUACGCUGGGCUUAACAUUGUGGCCCUAAUUUUAAUAUUCCUCUUCAUGCCCGAAACCAAGCAGAGAACGCUGGAAGAAUUGGAUUACGUCUUUGCUGUGCCGACGCGUACCCAUGCGUCAUACCAGCUCUUUACUGUUCUACCAUGGUUUGUCCGCAGGUAUAUCUUCAUGCGCAAGAAUGCCGUGUGUCCUGAAUUGUACCAUAUGGAUUUUGCCUCGGAUAUCGAAAGUAGGCAGAAGACUGCUGCGCGUGAGACUGGUGUUGCUGUUGCGGAAACUGUCUAG